AUGGACUCUGACGAGUCAGACUUUUAUGGGGAUGAAGAAAUGAUUGCUGGACUAGAGUCUCGGGUGACCUCAUUCAACGUCGCCCAAUGGAUGAAGGAGAUGCAAGCGGCCCAGCUUGACCGAAUAGUUAAAAGUGAGCCAUAUGACAGCCGAACGUUGCACAACCCGUACGCAGGCAUUCCCUUCGCGUGGCAGUUGACCGAGACGGUCGAGGAUUUUCUCGCUCGGUUGCCUCCUGAGACGACAGAAGGCAGUAAUGAGCUUCCCUGGAUCUUCAUUUGUAACCCAUAUAUUCGACGGAAGGGAAAGCUUUUUGCUCAGAACCAGCUUAGCAGGGGCAACGAAGACGAAGCUCCUGAAGAGGAAGGCUCUCAGCUCACCACCUUGAUUGACGGAGGCACGGAGAGGCUAGAGAUAUUGAGUAAAUUCAUGAAUGGAAUUCAGAAGACAUCUAAGUCCAUGGCAUUGCGGUCUAGGGAAAUUGACCUAGAGAAGAGAAGGGCAGUUCAGGAUGUCUUGGCUCUUGCACACGCCUGCAGAGUCAGGGCUGGCAAGUGGAUGUUGUUUUGUCAGCCUUGUGACGUCAACGAGGUUUGGGGGACCAUCGCAAGAGCUACGGCCAACAAUGAGCUUGGCAUCGCAGCAAAAGUUGCUCCGCGACAAGAUGCGACAGGCCGCAAGGAUCGUGUUAUUGCAAUCUACACGGCCGACUUCAGUGACAUAGCAGACGUCUCAAGAGUAUUGCGUCGUCUUCGAGAGCUGAAAGUAGUUGAGGCAAUGGGGCGCCCCAUCUACUACAAACCAGAUGCCUUCACAUAUAUUGGUAUUGCUUAUGGAAAUACUUGGGACAUUAAAGCAUCGAUCUACAGUUCUCUGGACGUUACUUCCAAAACACCAGCAUCUCGGGGUCAAGAAUGGUAG